UGCAUUGUAUCCACCUGCUAGGUGCAGGUACAAUACGUACUUGUACUUCAGAUCAAAAACAGAGUGAUUAUAUUAGAUAUUGGAUACACGGAUACGAAGUGAAAGUACUCAUCGAAUUCCUUGCGCAACAUCCUCGCAUUGUCUUGAAUAAAGACGGGUAGUGUUAUAUUGUGUGUGUCUGUGUGUGUGUUACCAAUCUUGAUUAACCGUACCGUAACGUACUACCAUCCUAUCGUCGAAUCGGUGAAUUUCUAACUGCUUAAAUCGAUCAACAUGAGUGACGAACUAACAAAGGAACAGAUUGCUCUGCUUCGCAAUGCAUUCAAUGCAUUCGAUCCGGAGAAGAAUGGAUACAUCAACACCACCAUGGUUGGCACCAUCCUGAGCAUGUUGGGCCACCAGCUGGAUGAUGCGACAUUGGCUGAAAUCAUUGCUGAGGUGGAUGAGGAUGGUUCCGGCCAGAUUGAGUUCGAGGAGUUCACAACGUUGGCUGCCCGUUUCCUCGUUGAGGAGGAUGCCGAAGCCAUGAUGGCCGAGCUGAAGGAGGCCUUCAGGUUGUACGACAAGGAGGGCAAUGGCUACAUUACAACCGGCGUUCUGCGCGAGAUUCUUCGCGAGUUGGACGACAAGCUGACAAACGAUGAUCUCGACAUGAUGAUUGAGGAAAUUGAUUCUGAUGGUUCCGGCACCGUGGACUUUGAUGAAUUCAUGGAGGUGAUGACUGGUGGUGAUGACUAAACGGACUCCUUUUUACAUAUUCGCAACGAAUUCUAUCGGCUGCCUUUUCAACUCAAAACUAAAACCUACAAAGCUGUCAUUUGCAAUCCAGUUUUAAAACAGGCCUACAGUAUUUUUAGUAAUGUACUAAAAUUAAGUUACCUAUUUGUCUGUAAAUAUACAUGUAUUUAUAUCUACUGAACUUAAUCGAUCCUUGGCUAGUUUGAGCAAUAGACCUUCACAACAAAAAAAAAAGCAAUAGACCAGUCCACACCACGAGACAUUUAUAAUAAAAUUCAAAUUGAUAUUACAUAACAAA